AUGGCUAGCCAUUCUGAUCUAAACCCUUUCCUUUUCUAUCUCACGAAAGAUGAGCGCUUAGAUCUAUAUCGUCAGAUUCUUCGAGGCACAGCUCCAAUUUUCGACAUCUCUGCUCGCCGGGUUCUUGCAACGCUUCUUCGACACCCAUCUCUGAUGGAGGAGUUAUCCGUGAAGGACUCAAAGGAGAUCUUUUCCAGAGCAUCAGGGAUCACGGAUGACCCAUGGCCGCUUGAUGAAAUUUUAGACGAGGAAAUUCUUCAGGAAGAGCUUCGGGCUCGGCAACUAAGGGCUCAAUCUACGGAUCCCUCUGCUGGUAUGUCUAUUGUGCCUCUGUCUACGAUAGCCUUCACAGGUUCCCAACCUCAAAGCACCGACAAGGCCACUCCAAAAAUGGCUGAGCAUUCGCAUGAUCCCGCCACUGCUCCAGCCUCAGAUCCAGUUAUUGAUGAUCUAGUUUCUGCUCUAGGCUCUGUUCCAGAGGAUGUUGAGGUAUCGAUUCGGGACAUAGUUUCUGAGCCUGAGGAUCCAUCAGUUCAAGCAGCCAUCAUCUCAGACACCAUUGCAAAUAUGCCUAACUCUGCCCGUGCAGAAACGGUUGUCCCAGUUAUCAGAGUGCCGUUUGCUGCAUCGAAGGCCAAAGGGAAAGCCAAAGUUACUGAUCCAGAUGAAGCUUCUGCUGCAGCUCCGGUGGCUAAGAGAAAGCUUCACAUGUCCGGUGAUGUUGAAUUUGUCUCUGAAUCUCGUCCUAGCAAGCGUUCUGAACAUCGGCCUACGGGUCUUGCUCAGCGUCCAAGACUGCUACGGUGUCCAAGGAAACAUUUUUCAGACCAAUCUUGCUCUCUCCUGCAUUGGAAACAGUAUGGCAGCAACAUUCCAAUCGCGAUAUCUUUGGUUGAGAAGAAUUUCAGUAUUGAGUACCUCAUUCGCGUGUGCAAUAUCAUUCCCUUUCUUCGUGCUCAGAACCUUCUCCAAACUAUCCAGAAUGUAGGAGCCUACUCUGCCUGGCUUAUUCCGGAAUUCUACGCCAAUCUCACAUCUGAUUCUCUUCGGCCGACCUCUCCGCAUUAUCAUCAGGUUUUUAUCCGGGAUGUUUGGUAUGAUUUUAGUCCCUCUAUUAUUAAUGCUUAUUUUCAGCGUGAUGCGUGUGAUGAUCUUUUUGAGCCUGCUGGGGACUUUCUUGCAUCCCAUCUUACCCACAAUGAGAUCAACAUCUGGCCAAAGGAUGGUCUGCCUUCGAAUGUACUUACUGCAGUCUAUUCGGUUCUGUUUCGCCUAGCUUCUAGCAAUUGGAUCCCGAAUGUCUCUGUGCACACUGUCAAUAAGAAGAUGGUCUCUCUGUUAUACAAAGUUCGACAUCAACUGCCUAUUGAUCUUGGUCACCUCAUCUAUCAUCACAUCAUGAGUUUUGCUAAAAAGAAUGAAGCCAAGAUUCAUCUCCCUUUUCCAUGCCUUAUCACCGGGAUUCUGCAACAACAAGGGCUUCAACUCUAUUCCAAUGAAGAGCUCUGCCAUGUUACUCACAAGACUUCUAUGGACUCUUGCAUCUUCCAAAGGUCACACUAUGAUGGUCGUGCCACUCUCUCCUCAGUUCCACCUGCCCCUGCUCCAGCUGAUCCUCCAGCGACAGGCCUGGACACUACACUGGCUACUUCUGCUACUGAUUCUGCUUCGACACUGGCUGUUCUUCGUCAGCAAGUCACCUUUGUUACUUCACACAUUGCUACAAUGAAGGAUGCCUCUCUAGCCAUUCAAUCUUCCAUCUCUACUGCCGAGGCUCAGCUGCUCCGCACCAAUCGCCAGAUUGCCUCUAUUGAGAAUGCUUCUACUGCUGCUCCUGCUGGUGAUGAUGAAGACUUGGAGACCUCCUCCUCCUCCACCCAGUCCUGA